AUAGUGUGGUACUGGUCGACUAUUUGAAAAUCGAGACCAUAUUCACAGCGAACACUGAAGCAACCGAAGCUCUCGAGCAUUAAUGGCCGCCGACUGAUAUCUUAAGCCUUCUCCGCAGUAUGUUGUAACGCGAAUAAAUUUAUAACAGUAUUAUUAUAAAUAAUUAUUAACACUUUUAAAUAACUAAACCACUUAAUAAUUAAUUACCCAAUCACUUAAAUAAUUAAUCAGCAACUUGGACGACUGUUCCUAAGGGAACAAUAAAAUAAUGGAAGAAGAAACUGAGUUUACAAAAUUGCCUGUCGAGGACAGAUGUGUACACAAGUCCUGGAAAGCGAGAGUCCAUGGGUAUGACGAGUGUACGAAAAAAUUCGGGUGCAUCGACGAUGAAAAAUCCCCGGAGUGGAACAAAUUCUUAGGACUCAUUAAAAAAUUUGUGGUAGACAGUAACGUUGCUGCUCAGGAAAAAGGAUUAGAGGCUGCGCUGACAUUUAUUGAAAAUGCUGCGUGUGCUGGAAAGACUGUGGGUGAAGUGAUGAGCGGAAUAGUAAAUAAAUGUAUCGCAGCACCAAAAGCAAAAACAAAAGACCUGGCGGUGCAGAUAACUUUGAUGUACAUAGAGAUUGAGAAGCACGAAACAGUUCAAGAAGAACUUUUGAAAGGUACUGAGGCCAAAAACCCAAAGAUUGUCGCCGGUUGUAUCAAUACUCUGACGCUGUCAUUACGUGAGUACGGUUCCAAAGUAAUAAAUAUAAAACCUUUGAUUAAAAAAAUGCCCGGAUUUCUUGAGGACCGCGACAAAAUAGUUCGCGAGGAAGGUAAACUGAUGGUAAUUGAAAUUUACCGAUGGAUUGGUGCCCCGAUAAAGCAGCAGCUCAACACUUUGAAGCCUGUCCAGAUGUCAGAGUUGGAGGUUGAAUUCGCAAAAUUGGAUGGGGCUAAAGCGCAUCCUACUCGGUAUUUGCGCUCCCAGAAACCCAAGAACGUCGUUGCCGAAUCGGCUGCCGCUGAAGGCGAUGAUGCUGACGAUGACGAGGAGAAUGAAGAAGAAGCUGCUGAUGAUAUUGAUCCUUAUGAGCUCAUUGAUCCAGUUGACAUUUUGUCUAAAUUACCGAAAGAUUUCUUCGAUAAAGUCGAGGCCAAGAAGUGGCAGGAGCGUAAGGAAGCUCUUGAGUCUCUGGAAACUUUGAGUAAAAAUCCUAAACUUGAGAGUGGGGAUUACGGUGACGUCAUACGGGUUUUGAAAAAAGUUAUUGCUAAAGAUGCUAAUGUUGUUGUUGUUACGGUAGCAGGUAAAUGUAUGACAGGUCUUGCCAAUGGACUUAAAAAACGUUUCCAUCCGUACGCUACCGCAUGUUUGCCAGUUUUGCUGGAAAAAUUCCGUGAAAAAAAGCCAAAUGUCGUUGCUGUACUUCGGGAAGCAGCAGACGCAGUGUUCCAGAGUAUUACCGUUGACGUUAUUCUUGAAGACGUUCUAGCAGCGUUAGAUAAUAAAAAUCCGUCAGUGAAAGCUGAAACGGCGGGAUUUUUAUCCCGUUGUUUUGCCAACACACUACCGGCAACUUUGAAUAAAAAACUUCUUAAGGCCUAUAUCGGUGCCUUGCUAAAGACUUUGAAUGAACCGGAUCCAACAGUAAGAGAUAACUCAGCAGAAGCACUUGGUACCGCAAUGAAACUGGUUGGAGAGAAAGCUAUGAUGCCUUUUCUAACAGAUCUUGACCCGCUGAAGAUGGCAAAGAUCCAAGAGUGCGCUGAGAAAGCUGUGAUACUUGUAAAAGUUGUUGCGCCACGUAAAGCUGAUCGUCCUACGACUGCACCAGCCAAAGUUGAAUCAAAGCCACCGGCUAAAAGUAAUAAAAAACCAGCGGCUAGCAGUAGCAGCAACAAUAAGAAACCCGGAGCAAAGAAACCGGCAGCUGCAGCAGCUAAAAAAACAACCGCGGCACCAAAAAUUCAAAUUGAAAAAGAUCUGAGCGCUGAGUCAGUGGAUGACAUUGCCGGUGAAUGUUUAUCUGGAGACAUACUGUCGGGGCUGGUUGAUGCCAACUGGAAGUCACGUCUCGCGGCGGUCGAGCAACUCAAUGAUACGAUUAAACAAAUGGGCAGUGAUGUUCCGUGCCAGGUUAUCGUUCGUAUACUGGCCAAGAAACCCGGUUUGAAAGACACAAACUUCCAAGUAUUGAAGCAAAGACUCGAGAUUGUUAAAAUGCUCGCAGAAAAUUAUACAUUUUCUGUCACGGCUGCUAGCUACUGUAUUAUGGACAUCGCCGAGAAAUUGGGAGACUCCAAGAACGGAUCGAUUGCCGCUGACACUCUGCUGGCUAUCGCUGAUGCGACGUCAUUUGAGCACGUGGCCACUGAAGUUAUAACUUUUGCAUUCAAUCAAAAGAGUCCUAAAGUACAGCAGGAGUCGCUGCUCUGGUUAUCAAAUGCUCUGUUGGAAUUCGGCUGCACUUUGAAUGUCAAAGGGCUGAUUGAUAGCGUGAAAAAAGCUGUCUCUGCAACAAAUCCGGGCGUGCGUACUGCAGCGAUAACACUAAUCGGCACUCUGUAUUUGUAUGUCGGGAAGCCGCUCUUGAUGUUUUUUGAAAAUGAAAAGCCUGCAUUGAAGCAGCAAAUCGAACAGGAGUGCGAUAAACACGAGGGAGAGAGACCACCAGAGCCGACACGUGGUCCCAAAUCACGUGAGAGUAAAAAAGUUUCUGAUGAUGUGGAUGAGGAUGAUGAAGACAAUGACGUUGGUGGUGAGACUGUUGAGAUAAACGAUCUGAUACCGCGUGUGGACAUCAGCAAUCAAAUAACAGAAGCGCUGCUUGUUGAACUGGGUGAUAAAAAUUGGAAAGUACGCAACGAAGGUCUUGUUAAAGUCCAAACAAUAAUUGCAGAGGCUAGAUUUAUCAAGGGGUCAAUUGGUGAAUUGCCUCGUGCAUUGUCGCCGCGACUGAUUGACAGCAAUACAAAAAUUUCUCAAACUGCACUGGGAAUAUGCGAAUCUCUGGCCACUGCGAUGGGUCCACCUAUCAAGCAACAUGUGCGCACACUCUUUCCUGGGUUCGUUCACUGUCUAGGUGACUCGAAAAACUGGAUCAGAAGCGCGGCUAUCUCGUGCAUUAACACCUGGGGCGAUCAGUGCGGGUACAAGGAAUUUUUCGACGGUGAAAUGAUUGCUGAUGCUCUGAAAGCCGGAUCACCGACACUGCGCAUUGAAUUGUGGAACUGGUUAUCGCAAAAAUUGCCACCCAUUCCAGUAAAACAGGUUCCUAAAGAAGAACUCAUGCUUUGCUUGCCCCACUUGUACAGUAAUUUAGAGGACCGUAAUUCGGACGUCCGUAAAAAUGCACAGGAAGCUAUUCUGGGAUUUAUGAUGCAUCUGACAUACGAGGGAAUGGUCCGGCAGACGGAAAAACUGAAGCCCGGAUCGAAGAAUGUGGUGAUGAUGGCGCUGGAAAAGACCCGGCCGAGCUUGCCGGUGAAGCCGCUGCCUACAAAGAAGCCACCGCAGGAGCAAGUGAAGACUGUCAAGAGUGGCGGCGCCGCCAAAGCCAGCAAGGCGGUGGUCAAACCCAAAAGUGCUUCUGCUAAACCCGCUAGCGCCAGAAAGAAGGACGAUGACGUCGACACAAGUCCGCUGCUCGCUGUUAAUAAUUUGAAGCAUCAGCGAGUGAUCGAUGAACAAAAACUAAAAGUACUCAAGUGGAACUUCACGACUCCGCGCGAAGAGUUCGUUGAGUUGUUGAAAGAAUUGAUGAGCACGGCUGGUGUCAACAAAUCACUUAUUGCCAAUAUGUUUCACACGGACUUCCGGUACCACUUGAAGGCCAUUGAAUCUCUUUCAGAAAAUGUUCAAGACAACAGCAAAGCUCUGGUUUCUAAUUUGGAUUUAAUUCUCAAGUGGCUGACGUUACGUUUCUUUGAUACGAAUCCUUCAGUUUUACUCAAAGGUCUUGAUUUUCUUCAGUCAGUUUUUAAUAUUCUCAUUGAAGGACAAUAUCACAUGCUGGAGAAUGAAGCCGCGUCAUUUCUACCCUACCUAAUUCUAAAAAUCGGCGAUCCCAAAGACUCUGUCAGAAAUAGCGUGCGCGCGUUAUUCAAACGGAUCGCUCUAGUUUAUCCAGUUAGCAAAUUAUUUUCUUACGUGAUGGAAGGACUCAAGUCCAAGAACGCAAGACAACGUACCGAGUGUCUAGAUCAGUUGGGAUCGCUCAUAGAAAACUAUGGCGUCACUGUCUGCCAACCGACACCAGCAGCCGCUUUGAGAGAAAUCGCAAAGCAAAUCGCUGAUCGUGACAACUCGGUACGCAAUGCCGCGUUGAAUUGUAUUGUCCAGGCGUACUACCUCGAGGGCGACCGCAUCAAUAAAUUAAUUGGGCACAUAUCUGAGAAAGACCAGUCGUUGUUGGAAGAAAGGAUCAAGAGGGCGAAUAAAAAUCGCCCGAGCAAACCGGCUUCUGAGGUCAGAAUGUCCACGAUGCCGAUGGCUGCCGCUGCGAGCAACGAAGACAUCGACCCGGAUGUCAAUGAUGAGAAGGAUGAGGAGCCUGAGGAAGUUGCUGAAGACUUUAAUGACCGGACACUUAUUAUACCAACAACUAUCAACAAAAGACACGAUAAAGUUCCAAUAAAUGACAAUAACAAGAUCAGUAAAUCAUCAGAUAAAUUUUCCGAUGAUCAGGAAAAUAAAUCUCACAACAAUGUUGUUAAUAAUAAAACUGAAAAAACGUACGCGUUGUCUCCACCCCAGUCACCGGUUCGCCCCAAAACCUCCGGACCCUUUGGCCUGGACAUGGAAUUUUUACGCCAAUUAGAAGAACAAUACCCGGCAUCUUGGAGCGUUCCCGUUCUUACCGAAAUAAAUUGGGACCCCAACGACUCGAUAACGUCUCUGCAGAAUAUCGACCGGCUGGCGAAAAAAUACUCGCCAUCUCUAUCAUCAAAAUUAGGAAUUACCAAACCAUCAGCUCGCGUGUCCCCAGUUACCUCACCAGUGUCAGCAAAAAAUGACAACCUAGACUGCACUAUUUUGUUGAUGGCAAGUCCGCGACUCAACACCGCGCUCCAGGCAAUGAACACCAUGGAAGAAAUAAUGAAAUCAUCUCAGCUGUCACUAAUCCAAUCAAAGGAAGACAAAUUUAUAAAUUCCAUAAACGUACAGCUUAAAUUUCUUCAAAAGUAUCCGCUUACUGCCGACAAUAACGAAGUGACAAAAGUAUACCGGGCGACAUUUAUGGUAUUGUUGGCAUUUUAUGAGUCAAAAGUACUCGGGAGAAAUGUAACAACUGGUCAUUUGAAGGAAUUAAUUUAUCUUAUGCUGAUGCUGCUUGCAGAAAAUAAAUUUGAAAAUGUAAAAGAUACCGAUAUGUACAUGCGGGUUGUUAAUGUAAUAAUUGUUAAGAUGAUUGACUAUUCAAAUCACACGACACUUAUUUGUGUGCUGAUAAAAUUACUCCAAGAGUGCGCCGAGUCAUCAGUUAUGCCAAAGUAUGAGGAAUUGGUGAUGAAAUGUCUGUGGAAAAUAGUGAAGACUAUUUCAAAUUGGUCGACAGAGCUGGACUAUGACACUAUUUUACUUACCGUACAUCAGUUCUUCAAAGAUUAUCCGUCAUCGUGGUGGAAAACUCGUCACUCGGAUAUGCCGGUUCGUACUGUAAAGACAGUACUGCACAGUAUGACAAAAAUAAAAGGCAGUUCUAUACUAAACCACCUGACGAUGAUAAAUAAUAUCCAUGAAUCAGAACUACGGUCAUACUUGAACCGCUUAAUUGAAAUGAUAAAUUCAAAUUCAAAUAACAUCAAUUCCGGCAGCAGUACGAUCACUAAACAGAAACAUUUGUCGAAAGAAAUGCACUCGCAGUUGACGGAAAUUUUUCGAAAAAUAGGAUCCAAGCAACACACCCAGGAAGGUCUUGCGCAGUUGUAUGACUUCAAGCAGCAGCACCCCGAGGCUGAUAUCCAGCCUUUCUUAGUUAAGUCACACCAGUUCUUCCAAAAUUUUAUUGAGCAGGGUCUAAAAAGUAUCGAUCUCGAGCGCAAGAAUCAAAUUAUUUAUAGUCACGGUGAUGAUCCUGCUGAUGAGACGGCGAGAGCUAUCAGUUCUGCGGAGGAGAGAAUUUCAAUGGAUCCGGCUCAGCGGUUAGAAAGAUUGAGAGCUCUGGAGGCUCAGUACCGCGGCAAUGGAUCCAGACCCACGUGAAUUUAUUCGUAUAUUUAUUUAAAUAAGCGUUGAUUUAUUUUAUUGUGUACAUAGUCUGGGCUUGAGAUCGUGAGCAUGAUUUUUUUUUUUAGGAAUUUAGUGUUUGAAACAUUAAUCCUUGUGGUUAUUUAUAUUGAUGCAGUUUAUAAAUUUUUUUUAUGAUAUAUAUUUUUGAAAAAAAAAAAAAAAAAGGAAUUUAA